AUGUGGACUGAGAACGAAGAAACUUUCAGUUUGGGAUCAGUACCAGUUGUCAAAGGAUGUUUUAAGUCUAUGCCGAAAUCUGCUCAAAGAUUUGUUGCCAAAUGGGUUGGAAUCUGUAAGCCAUCAGGAGUGUAUAUAUGUGAUGGUAGUGAAGAAGAGAAGAAUGAACUUACUGAAAAGUUGAUUAAAAAUGGUUCUUUGCAUAGACUAUCUGCAUAUGAGAAUAAUUUCAUCACUUGUACUGAUCCAAAAGAUGUUGCUCGUGUUGAAUCAAAAACGUGGAUUUGUUCAUUUCAUCGAAAAGAUACUGUACCAGAUGUAGCACCUGGUGUCAAGGGUGUUCUUGGUCAAUGGAUAUCACCAGAUAACUUGAAUAUUGAAAUUAGAGAUCGUUAUCCCGGUUGUAUGGAAGAUCAAGUAAUGUAUGUGAUGCCGUUUAGUAUGGGUCCUGUUGGAUCACCUUUGAGCAAAGUUGGUAUUGAAUUAACUGACAGUAUUUAUGUUGUCCUAUGCAUGAAUAUUAUGACACGUAUGUGUCCAGAAGUAUGGAAAAUUAUUGAGUCUAGUAAGGAAUUUGUCAGAUGUGUACAUAGUGUUGGAUGUCCUUCUUCAUCUACCCAUAAAAUUGUCAAUAACUGGCCAUGCAAUCCAGAAAAAACGCUUAUCUCACAUGUGCCUAAAGAACGCUUAAUUAUGAGUUAUGGCAGUGGAUAUGGUGGGAAUUCACUUCUAGGCAAAAAGUGUUUCGCUCUACGUAUUGCUGGUUGUAUUGCUCAUGAUGAAGGCUGGUUAGCUGAACAUAUGUUGAUAAUGUCUGUUACUAAUCCAAAAGGUGAAGAGAAAUUCAUAGCAGCCGCCUUUCCAAGUGCAUGUGGUAAAACAAAUAUGGCUAUGCUUGAACCUUCACUACCUGGUUGGAAGGUUCAAUGCGUUGGUGAUGAUAUAGCAUGGAUGCGUUUUGAUGAACAUGGUGUUCUGCGUGCAAUCAAUCCAGAAGCUGGUUUCUUUGGUGUCGCUCCAGGAACGAAUGCUAAAACUAAUCCAAAUGCAUUAGCCACCUGUAUGAAGAAUACUGUAUUUACUAAUGUAGCACAAACUAAAGACGGUCAUUUCUUUUGGGAAGGACUUGAAGAUGAAUACAGUCCAGAUACAGAAAUUAUCACAUGGCUUGGUGAUCAUGUCAAGUUAUCUGAUAAAAGUCAUGAUCCAAAAGCACAUCCUAAUUCAAGAUUCUGUUGUCCAGCUUGUCAAUGUCCAAUUAUUCACCCUAAAUGGGAAGAUCCACAAGGUGUACCAAUUUCAGCGAUCAUAUUCGGUGGACGCAGACCUGAAGGUAUACCAUUAGUUUUACAGUCAUUCGACUGGAAACACGGUGUUAUGGUGGGUGCUGCUUUGAAAUCUGAAGCGACAGCAGCUGCUGAGUUCAAAGGUAAACAGGUAAUGCAUGAUCCAAUGGCUAUGCGUCCUUUUGUUGGAUAUAAUUUUGGACAUUAUUUAGACCAUUGGCUUAGUAUGGAAAAACCAUCACGUAAAAUGCCACUUAUAUUCCAUGUGAAUUGGUUCCGAUUGAAUAAAGAAGGAAAAUUUGUAUGGCCUGGUUUUGGACAGAAUAUACGCGUCAUUGAUUGGAUUAUUCGUCGGGUUAACGGUGAAGAUAUUGCUGAAUCUUCACCAAUUGGUUUUCUGCCUAAAAGAGGAACCGUCAAUUUCGAAGGAUUAAAUGCUGAUUGGGAUGCAAACUUCUUCUUGCCAAAAGAUUAUCUCCUAGAAGAUAUUGAAGAGACAAUGAAGUAUUUACAUGAUCAAGUAGGCAAAGACCUACCAGAAGUGAUUCAAAAUGAGAUGAUUAAUCAACGUGAACGUAUUCAAUCUCAACUCUAG